AUGCGCCUUCAUGGCUUUCCUUCGGCCGUCCUCUUUGUCGGUCCGGCAUUGUUGGCGGCGGCGACAGCAUAUCUGAACGAUACCUCUACAACGUUAAUGCAAGACCCUUUCUACCAACUUGCCGACGGUUGCCCUCCUUGUCCCCGAUGUUUCGAUUGCCAUUACGACGAAUUCCAGUGCCAGCAAUUUGCGAACUGCAGCAGCACCAAUGGGAAAUGCGUCUGUCCUCCCGGCUUCGGAGGCGACGACUGCUCUGAGCCGCUGUGUGGAUCUCUCGCAGAUGGCAAGAACAGGUCUCCCAGGAGAGGCGACCGAUGUCAAUGCACAGAUGGAUGGGAGGGUGUCAACUGCAAUGUCUGCGCAUCUGAUAAUGCUUGCAACGCCAUGAUGCCCCUGGGCGAGGGCGGGCGAUGUUAUCGAGACGGUCUCGUCGUACACGAAAUAUAUCAGGUCUGCAACGUCACGAAUAAAGCCAUUUUGGAUCAAAUUGACCCCAGGCUCCCUGAAGUCACCUUCGCUUGCAAUGCAGAUCAAGCGAGCUGCAACUUUCAGUUCUGGGUUGAUCAAAAAGAGUCUUUCUACUGUGCUUUGGACAACUGCACGGCGGAAGCGAAAGCCACGAAUGUCCGCAACUCGACGAAGUAUCAAUGUGAAAACAUAAAAUGCUCCUGCAUAGAGGAUCGAUUCCUGUGCGGCGAGGACGGUUCAGUGAACAUCGACGAAUUCCUCGAGCAGGAAAUCAAGGGUCCUGCAUCUUUCUAUACGCAGUACACCUAUGGUGGGAGCUCCAAAGACGGCAGCAGGUUCGAAGAACCAGCCAUGAACAACUUGAUCUCAAUGAUAUUUGGCGACGAAUACAUAUCUCUUCAAUGCCGCGCAGGAGAAUGCCUGUACGAAACCGAGGUACCUGGGUACACACGACCAGUCAAGGAGAUCAAUACGCCGCUGAUUGCAGGAGUCAUUUCGGGCUGCGCACUUUUCGUGGUUGCUAUCAUACUCAUCACAUGGUAUCUUUCUCGAAGGGCUGCAUACAAGAGAUGGGGCGCUAUCCGGCUAGGCGAGGGCUCGGAUGAUGAUGCUGCUGAAGCCCUGGUCAACCACAUCCCCAUGGCGCUGCAGUUCGAGAAUGUCUCAUACUACCUCAAAGGCAAAGAGAUCAUCUCAGGCAUAUCAGGUAUCGCUCAUCCUGGGCAGCUCACAGCGAUCAUGGGGGCUUCUGGGGCUGGCAAAUCCACAUUUCUGGACAUUCUGGCUCGCAAGAACAAACGUGGAACUGUGGCAGGGAGUAUGUAUGUGAACGGCGAAAAGAUACUGGACACAGAAUAUCGCAACGUUAUUGGCUACGUGGACCAAGAAGACACUCUCCUACCGACUCUGACAGUGCAUGAGACCAUUCUCACAAGCGCUCUCCUGAGAUUGCCUGCCGACAUGGGACUGUCAGUCAAGGAGCAACGGGUCAUAGAAGUGAUGCAGCAGCUCGGCAUCUACCAUAUCAAGGACCAAAUGAUAGGAUCGGAAGAGGGGAACGGGCGUGGCAUCUCAGGUGGUGAAAAACGGCGGGUCGGGAUCGCCUGUGAACUUGUGACGAGUCCAAGUAUCCUUUUCCUGGACGAACCGACCAGUGGCCUGGACGCCUUCAACGCUUUUAAUGUAGUCGAGUGUCUGGUCACUUUGGCGAAGACUUACAACCGAACUGUCAUCUUCACCAUCCACCAGCCUCGGUCAAACAUUGUCGCACUCUUCGAUCAGCUCAUUCUUCUUGCCAAAGGCAAGACCGUUUAUUCUGGUCCGUUUUCCAGUUGUCAAGCAUACUUUGACCAUAUUGGAUAUUCUUGCCCGCCAGGGUUCAACAUCGCCGAUUACCUGGUGGAUCUCACCAUGCACGCGAGCCUCCCCGGCUCGCCUGUGCUCGGCGAAGAAUCGAGGGAGUUCCCGGAGCGCGACGGGUUAGGGACAGAAUCAAGCAGUACGAGGGCUGUCAAAUCGAUCGCCAGCGCGUCGAACGUCAGUGUGGAGAGUCCCUCUGAGCCACUGUUACGCGGAAAACCGAAACGUCGCCUGUCGCUGAAGCAGAAGCAAGACCGUCAGUUGUUCACACGCAGGAGGAGUGGCAGUGAUACUCCGCCAACGCCAAAGACUGAUGAUGAAGACAGCAUAAUCCGGAAAGCGACAGGGAGCGCGCGGAGCUGGCUGCAGCUGGCCACAAGGGACGGAUCGAAUCCACCGCCGCUGUUGGAAGAUCCAGAUGACCUGCCACCGGAUGUAAACACAGACCUGGACAUUCUGGUGUCGAGCUUCGAAGACUCCGACGUGGCCCAGACCAUCCAUGACGAAAUCAGUGCUGCUAUCCAGGCGGCCUCAUCAGCGAAUGGUCACACUACGGAAGGCAGCACUGGCGAGGCAGUCACAGGCUCUAUCAAAGGCUAUCGGCGUGUUAGCCUUCCACGCCAAUUCUUGAUUCUCUCGACACGGACAUGGAGAAACCUCUACCGAAAUCCCAUUUUGAUGUUGACGCACUAUGCUGUGGCUAUUUUGCUGGCCGUGCUAUCAGGCUGGCUCUUUUAUGGCGUGACUGACGACAUCGGCGGAUUCCAAAACCGACUCGGGCUUUUCUUCUUCCUGCUUGCGCUCUUCGGGUUCAGCACACUCACCAGCUUGAGUACCUUCAGUUCCGAGCGACUGAUAUUUGUUCGAGAACGGGCAAAUGGCUAUUACGCGCCCAUCACAUAUUUCUGUGCCAAGGUAGUAUUCGACGUCGUCCCUCUGAGGUUGCUACCACCGAUCAUCAUGGGAAUGAUAGUUUAUCCAAUGGUGGGCCUGUUACCACAAUGGGGCACAUUCUUCACCUUCAUCUUGAUCUUGGUGCUAUUCAACCUUGCCGCCGCGGCCAUUUGCUUGACGAUUGGGAUCGUAUUCAGAGACGGGGCCGUGGCGAAUCUAAUCGGCAGCCUGGUGAUGCUGUUCAGCUUGUUGUUCGCAGGUCUCUUGCUCAAUCUUAACCAUGACUCUACGCAGAUGGCGGCUCAGUGGCUACAAAAGCUGUCAAUCUUCCACUAUGGUUACGAAGCCCUCAUUGUCAAUGAAGUAGCCAAAUUGCGUCUGAAAGACCACCGGUACGGCCUCGACAUUGAGGUGCCGGGAGCCAGCAUUCUCAGUGCCUUUGGGUUUGAUAACCUGGCCUUGUGGUCGGAUGUGAUAGGCCUGGCGGUGUUUGGCGCUGCCUUCAUCAUCAUCGCAUAUGCGGCUAUGCACGUUCUGCUUGUGGAGAAGAGAUAG